CUCUUUGGGCUGUCGGCCUCCGAAGAACCGAGGAAUGACCAUGACAUGGUCCAGUGAAACCCACCUGACAGUCUACCGUCAACGCGACCUCCAUUGUCUCCACCACCGUCUCAACGCACAUCCGAUCUCGCGUCAUUGUUUAUCCUCGCCAUACUCUUGUCUGAUCCUUUUUAUACUGUUCCUGUAUUCAUAUUUGUUUUCAGCACUCAUGCGAAGGAUUAAGCACAUGCCCGAAGAACAAUACAGCUCCAUGCUCCUCCUCUAUGGUUGUGAAAACGAACGGAUGAUCCGCUAUAAACUCCGGCAGUAGAGGCUGCCAACCACAGCCGAUGCAAUUGUGCCUUCCUCGUUGACUCCAGUAGUUGACAUACAAGUUCUUCCUCUUUGGACUGAUCGAACAGCUUAACUUUUCUUAGUAUAUGAAGAAAAUGAGUUGAUCAGUGUUUGCAGAGAGCAAAGCUUCACCAAGGAUGGGCAGUGGAGUCUGUGGCCAGCCACAGGACACGGCUCCGGUGGUCCUCUUUUCCUCCCUCCCGAGGAGUACCGGGGUAUGGACGGUCCAAUCUCCGUCAGCUUCAACAGCCGACUCUUGCGGCCUUAACAGAGAACUGGCCUUCGCCUCUCGUUGGCGCAAGAGCAGAGGAGCCGGCGGUGGCCGCUACGUUCAAGGCUGCUCCGUUCGCGCACGCAUCGCACGUGCUGGCGGUGGCCGCAACGGCGAUGGCCCUCGUGUGGUGCAUCCACUUCUGCGGCGGCCGCCUUGGAGCCUCCAACUAAUCCCUCGUCUUCGACGUACUGUCAUCCUCGUCUUGCGUCCUUUUCGUAUGUGUGCUAAACGUCACCCGCCUCGGCUCCCAGAAUUCCGGCCCCACUCGCGCGGUCCGGAGAAAUCUUACGCCGAUUUCAGUUACGAUACGACUCUAUGUUUCCGUUCGCAAUAACAACACGAUCAAACCCGUUCUCCGAUAAUAACCAUCUCCUGUUUCCAUUAUGCUUUUAUAUGUAUAUAUAUGUGUAUGUAAGAAUUUGUGCAUUGAGGGUGGCGAGCAUUACAAGACGGCCUUUGGUGGUGGGAGUGCCGCCGAGCAGGACUUGGAGGAUGGAAGAGGCCGGCGCGAAGCACGAGGCGGAGGCCCCGUUGCGGACAGCAGCGGCGGUGAAGGGCGUCGAGGAAGAGAAGGCCCCGAUUCCUUCGCCAGCCGAGCGGAAGCUCGACGACUCUGAUGACGUCGCCAUCGACGAGAGUGAUGAGGAUGCUUCCACAGAAAAGAGCACAGAGGUUUCAGCUGAGAGUGUUCUUGCAAGGCUUGAAACGGAGAAGAGGUUGUCUUUGAUCAAAGCUUGGGAAGAUAACGAAAAGACUAAGGUGGAAAAUAAGGUUGUUAAGAAGUUGUCAUCAAUUAUGGUAUGGGAAAUCUCUAGAAAAGCAGCUGUGGAAGCUGAGCUGAAAAGGAAAGAGGAAGAACUGGAAAAGAAAAAGGCAGAAUAUGCAGAGAAAAUUAAGAACAAGAUUGCUCUGCUUCAUAGGUUUGCAGAAGAGAAGAGAGCAAUGGUUGAGGCUAGACGUGGUGAAGAGCUCCUGAAGGUGGAGGAGGUUGCCGCGAAAUAUCGUGCCACGGGACUUGCACCGAAGAAGCUUCUUGGCUGUUUCGGACCAUAAAAAUUGACGGUGGAGAGGAAACCGAAGGCAACAUUUCACUCUUUUGUGCUCGAAUUCCUUUCUUCUUUGUGCGAAUGCUGUGUUUAUUUAUCUGGGUAGUUAAAUGAUCGGUUGUUCCUUUAUGA